UUGCUGUGAAUAAUCAGCGCGAGCGAUCCACCGAGACUUAGUCGUCCCAAAACUCGAGAUAAGCCUUACAUGAACUAGACUUACGCGGAAGUUUCUAUUUGGAAGGUCAGCUCUAGCACAGAGGAAGGAGACGAGCCUAGGCGGCUCAGCAGCAUGGAGGAUCGAGUGUGGCAGCCUUCUCUGUCCAAGUCCCAACGAGAUGUCAGCUACAGCUGUGGAGCUUGCGGAUUUGCUUUGAAGCUAAGCUCGUCGGAUCGCUUGGUGCAGGAGAGGGGGAGCAAAUACGAAAGCUUCAGCCGAAAGAAAGUUCUGGUGUUCGUGGACAUCGAUGACAGCCGGUUCCAGUUGGAAGAGGCUACCACGUACUGCUGGAGCUGGAGCUGGAGCAUUGUCAAAAAUCGCCGGAGAGAAACAUCCAAGCUGCGGUGUAAGAAGUGUGGAGCACAUAUCGGCUGUAUCCGAGAAUCGCAUGUAGAGCCCCACAGGAGGUACUGCGUGAAGAUCACCAAAGUUCUUCCGGAGCAAGAUAUCGCCCCUAUCACCACCAGCUUUAGAGGAGACUUCUCUUGGACUGAAGAUCACCAAAGCUCUUCCUGGACUUCUACAGGAAGUUUCUAAUGCGUCGGCCAAAGAUCUCUCUUCAAGCCAAAGUAAGUUUCCAAAUAGCCUUGAUCAUCACCAGCACCACAAAGUGAAGAUCACCGAAGUUCUCCUUGGAAGUUUCGAAGAGCUAUAACGAUUUCUCUAGAGCUACUUUCCUUGCUGUGCUGCUGCUCCGGCCCUGGAUUGAUGCAAAGCUUUGAUCUUGAGUCGAUACCUUGGAAGUCGAGGAACUACUUGGCUCGGCCCAAAUCCAUACUGCCCUGUUGGAUUGUCGGUGAUGGCCGGCCCAUCUUUGUAAAUGUAGCCAACGAGCUUCCCGCAAGAAAUGCACAGCAGCUUGAUC